UUCAAUAAUUUUGCAAUCGGGUCAUAAUCACGAAACAGGCUUAUCGUUAUCUUCAAGCUUUGUCAGUGAGAAGCUCAAUUUCAGAGCUUUAAUGGCGUUAUCUUCUGCUUCACUAAUAUCAUCAUUCUCCCACACAGAAACUUUCACUAAGCAUUACACUGUAAAUCCACUAAACCCAAUUCUUCAAAUUUCCAGAUGCAAGUCUCUAAGAGAGCUGAUGCAAAUUCAAGGUUACGCGAUCAAGUCACAUCUCCAUGAAGAUGUAUCAUUCAUCACUAAGCUGAUAAAUUUCUGCACUGAGUCUCCAACGGAGUCUUCAAUGUCAUACGCACGCCACUUGUUCGAUGCAAUGUCUGAACCAGAUAUCGUGAUUUUUAAUUCAAUGGCUCGUGGGUAUUCUCGCUCCACGACUCCUCUUGAUGCGUUUAGUCUCUUUGCUGAGAUCUUGGGAGGUGAUCUUUUACCUGAUAACUACACCUUCCCGUCUCUUCUCAAAGCUUGUGCAGUAGCAAAGGCGUUAGAAGAAGGUAGACAAUUGCAUUGUCUGUCGAUGAAACUGGGGCUUGAUGAUAAUGUAUAUGUUUGUCCUACGCUUAUCAAUAUGUACACUGAGUGUGAAGAUGUAGAUUCUGCUCGUUGCGUCUUUGAUCGGAUUGUCGAACCGUGCGUUGUUUGUUACAAUGCUAUGAUCACGGGUUACGCCAAAAGAAAUAGACCAAACGAGGCUUUAUCCUUGUUCCGUGAAAUGCAAGGUAAGAGCUUGAAGCCGAAUGAGAUUACCCUUCUUAGUGUUCUGUCUUCUUGUGCUCUGUUGGGAUCGUUAGAUUUAGGGAAAUGGAUACAUGAGUAUGCUAAGAAACACGAGUUUUGUAAGUAUGUGAAAGUAAACACAGCUUUGAUAGAUAUGUUUGCGAAGUGUGGUAGCUUGGAUGAUGCUGUAUCUCUAUUUGAAAAGAUGAGGUAUAAGGAUACACAAGCUUGGUCAGCCAUGAUUGUAGCUUAUGCGAAUCAUGGGAAAGCUGAGCAAUCCAUGUUAAUGUUUGACAGAAUGAGAUCUGAAAAUGUUCAGCCUGAUGAGAUCACAUUUCUCGGUCUGUUAAACGCUUGCAGCCACACAGGUCUAGUGGAAGAAGGGCGUGAGUAUUUCUCCCAGAUGGUUCACGAAUUUAGGAUUGUUCCGAGUAUUAAGCAUUAUGGUUCUAUGGUAGAUCUUCUUGGUAGAGCUGGACAUUUAGAUGAUGCGUAUAGAUUCAUUGAUAGGCUCCCAAUAAGCCCAACGCCGAUGUUAUGGAGGAUUCUCCUAUCUGCUUGUAGCAGUCAUAACAAUUUGGAGCUAGCUGAAAAGGUUAGUGAAAGGAUUUUUGAGCUAGAUGACUCGCACGGUGGUGAUUACGUGAUCUUAUCAAAUCUAUACGCAAGAAACAAGAAAUGGGAAUAUGUAGAUUCUUUAAGAAAGGUGAUGAAGGAUCGAAGGGCAGUUAAGGUUCCUGGGGUCAGUUCCAUUGAGGUUAACAAUGUGGUUCAUGAGUUUUUUUCAGGAGAUGGUGUGAAGCCUGCAACCACAACGCUUUACAGAGCAUUAGAUGAAAUGGUGAAAGAGCUAAAGCUUGCAGGUUAUGUUCCAGAUACAUCAAUGGUUGUUCAUGCCGAUAUGAGUGAUAAAGAGAAGGAGAUUACGCUUAGGUAUCACAGCGAAAAGCUUGCGAUAACGUUUGGGUUGUUGAAUACUCCUGCAGGGACGACGAUUCGGGUUGUGAAGAACCUUAGGGUUUGUAGAGAUUGCCACAAUGCAGCUAAGUUGAUCUCCCUUAUAUUUGGUAGGAAAGUUGUUCUUAGAGAUGUUCAAAGGUUUCACCAUUUUGAAGAUGGUAAAUGUUCUUGUGGGGAUUUCUGGUGACUCCAUCUCUAGACCAACAACAUAUGUAAAUUGCGUAUAGCUUCACACGGUGAUGCUAAUCGGUCUGGUGUUACCAUGUUCCAUAUUCUUUUGAAGUGCUUGAAAACUUUUGUGACCCAAACACUCUCGUC